GAAAGAAACAGAAAGAGAGAGAAACGGAGAAGGACGAGAGAGGGCGCGAGAGACGGAUCGACGCGUGGGCAGACACUCCAUCAUCCUUCAGCUCUGAUUCACAGAUCACGAUGACCGUGGCCAGUAGCGUCUCUGCUUCGGUGCAGCAGGUGUUCCCCUUCCAUGACGGCUGGAACGUUGCCUGCUUUGUAAUCCUCCUCCUCUUCAUCUUCACCGUGCUCUCCCUCGCUACUCUGGCUUUCCUCUACGAGCUUCUCGACUGCGGCUGCUUUAACAAAACCAAGACCGCUCACAACCGAAGCGGCAGCAGUGACGAAAUCGUAUAGCCAUGGCGACCAGGUCUACGCUGUGGAGACACCAGCUACGAGUAACUGACUCUGACCACAACUUCGGGAUGGAUGAGGCAUCAGAAUACGGACUAAAGAAACGAGCACAUAUUUCAAUGCAUAACACUAAGAAAACACAACCCUGACUGUAUGGUGUCCUUCAUGUGAUGUAAUUUACAACAGCAUGCUUUAGUGGGAUUUGUCCGUUAAGCCGUCGCAGCCUAAUAAAUAUCUCUGUGUUAAGCCUUUAAUGUAGACAUCGACAUCUACGAUACAGAUGUAAACAGAUCACAAACAGUCAUUCUAUAAAAAGUGAGAACUAGGGAAAAGACGUACAAUUAAAAAUUGUGGGGGUGUCGAGUAAUCGAGGCAGACAACAAAGCAGCAGCUAAAAUUGCCCUUGACACCAACCACUAAGAAUUCGCACUCCUUUAAAGCCAACAGUGAUUUCCAAAUAAAGUCGUUGCAUUGUGGCAAAGCACAUCAGUGUUGCACGCUGUGCCUCAACCCCACUUUCGGGUGACUUUCGGCAGUGGCGGUCAUAGAUAAUUUAGCGGAUGAUCAUUAUCUGGACAGAACUGAGCCUGGAGUCCAGCACGUCAGUUCAUCUCCCCAGUCGUUAGCAGCCUAAGGGGGAAAAGAAAAGGGAAAAAAAAAAAAAAAACUCCCAGCUGCUGCUGAGGACCCUUGAAAACUUUUAAUGAUAAUUUUGCACAUUUAUCAUACAGCGCAGCCUGAAGCUGGAAAUGUAUAUUGCGUGCUUGUGUGUGUAUGUGUUUGUGGUUCGUUGAUUUCUUUGCUGUCAAUUAAAUGUACUAAUAAAACACACGAUGUCCUGAAUUCCGUAGAAUAGCA